CAGACCUACACCCAAACCUUCAAUGUGAGCAAACAUGAUGCUGACUUGGUAGUUGUGUUGCAAACCAUUUCUUUCUAUAUCAACAAUUUCAUUCUUCUUAUACAUAACAUAAUCUGCAUUUUCCUUUCCUUUUUGUGAUUUUUCCCUACAAAUUGUUCAUUUCAUGUUCCCCUGCUUCAACUCAAUUCAUCAGCGUGCAUUCUUCACUUCAUUGACAGCGACACUCUAUCGACAGAGGCACCUUGUCCUUUGACUCAUUCUCUGCCAAACUCUCAUUCUCAACAAGAAUGCAUAAUUUCUAAUCCUGUCGCCCAUUUCCUGUAGUUUCAUCCAAACUGACCUCACCUUCAAGCUUGGUGGUCGGUCGCGUGUCUACCACAACCACCGACCAGCCCGAUCUUGACUCUUGAACUUUUCACCCACUCCAUCCGCCACCACAUCCACCUUCACAACUACACCCUCCACCUUCUUUUGAUGGUGACAACGAUUUGAUAUCGCGCGACCUCGUAUUUCGAGUCCCGGGUCGAAGCAAAUAUCAGAUUCCUCACUCAUCGCCCUCGCACUCGCCCUCGCAUUGUCGCUGAUUCUUGGCCCCCAACUUACGAUUCACCCUCCAUGCAAUAAAAGUGCUGCACGUCAAAAUGGAUAUCGACGCUAACAACUUCAAAUGGGAGCUGUUGCACAUCCUCAAGCAGCUUUCUAUUGCCUCUUUUGUCACUAUCGAUCUUGAGAUGAGUGGUAUCUCCACCAAGCCCCAAACAGGUUCCCGUAUGAGCAAGCCAUCUCUACAAGAAUACUAUAAUGAUGUGAAGCACGCGGCCGAGAAAUAUGCCAUCGUACAAAUUGGUAUUACCAUCGUAACGGAAGAUAAGGAGAGAGGUAUGGUCCUUGAUGUUGAUGUUUACCAUUCGCAUUGUACAUCGCUAACCCUUUUCAGGCUUUUAUCUUGCUCGCCCUUAUAACUUCUUCGUCAGUCCUCUUCAAGCUAACGGGCUUGGAGCGGAUAUUAAGUUUGAGCGUGACAUUUGCUUUAAUACCAGCUCUUGCGAGUUUUUGUUGAGAAAUCACUUUGACAUUGGUAAGAUGUUCACUCAUGGAGUUUCCUAUCUGGGACGAAAUGAGGAAGACAUCUGUCGGGAGCAAUUCAAGAAACGAAAUGAUCGUCAAGCUACAAUCCCUGAUAUGAUGAUUCAUCCCUCAGACGUUGAAAACCUUACUUUCUACCGUGAAGCUAGAAGAACCAUCACUGCUUGGUUGGAGGAUAAGAAAGUGUGUUAGAACCUGCUCGCUUGUUUGAGGAGAAAAGGAGAAAAGGCUAAUGAUUUUCCUAGACCCAGGUUGAAUUUGUCAACAUUGGCUCUCCUGAUCAACAGAUUUCGUCCUACCAGCGUCGACUGGUCCAUCAGCUCAUUCGCAGCGAGUUCCCUGAGCUACGUACUUUUGCCAGAGACAGUGGGGCUUUUAUGCAAGUCGUCAAAAUCAAUCCAAAGCGGGAAGCAGAGGUAUGUUUGACUUUGAUAAGUACAUUUUAGAUGUUCAUGAUGAAAUGUUUUCCCCUUUUAUGCCUUUCCAUUAUAGCAAAUCUUCGUGUUGUCAACUUGACAAUAAUUUUCCUGUUUGCAAACGUCUUACCCUGCUUUCGACCCUUUAAAUUUUUAGUUUGUUUUUCCGUUGAUAUACUGAUGUCGUCUAGGAACAACAGAGCCGCAGUCACAAGUUUGAGACUGCCAUUGGAAGGCAAACAGGUUUGUACAGGUCUUUCAAGAAAUACAAGCUACUGCUAAUUCAAUUUAAGGUCUACGAUGGAUCUUUGAGGCAUUAACCUGUGGGGACCUUCGCAACAUUGACCCGCUCUGGUUCUACAACAUCCACGACGAGCGAACCAAUGCAGACGUACUCAAGAAUGUUACUCGCGAGCUCAAAACCAUUACCAAGACUCUCAAGACCAAGCAACAGAUUCUUGUUGGACACAAUUUGUUUACCGAUCUUGCUUUCAUUUACAAGACUUUCGUCGGUACUCUCCCAGUUAAUGUCAGACACUUUCAAGAGGACAUUCAUGACUUGUUUCCGAUCAUCUACGAUACCAAAUAUCUGGCCACUCAAACUGAGGAAUUUGCACAUGCCAGGUCGGGUCUUAAGGAGCUUCUUGAACCAUUCAAGAAGAUUCAUCAACCAUUGAUUAUAUUGCAUGAAUCGCACACUCGUUACGGUUCCGAGAUGGAUCAUGAGGCAGGUUACGAUAGUACGUUACGAUCCUUCGCGCGAAAACAUUUUGCUAACAAACAACGGGUUGGAUGACAGCAGAACUCUUCGUCAAGCUCUCCGGCAAACUCUACCACGAGGCAAAAUCAAACCUUGACGAGAACUCCGAGAGAAGCAGUACGGACGUCGGUGAUGAUGACUCUGGGGGUAUCUUCCUCUCCUCCCCUCGCCAACACGAUUACCUCUCCGGAUCUGAUAGCGAGGAGCUCCUUACCAGUGAAUGGGCUACACGCAAGUUACAUGGCAACUCCUUCGCUGCUCUCUCCCUGCUAGACCAGGAUAUUGAGGAAGAUGGUGGCGCAGAGGUUGGUGAGGUGCCCGUUGACCAACUCUUCAUGCCGGCUAGUACGAGUCCUUUCUGGGAUGCGUAUGUGAACAAGCUGAGAGUUAUGGCUGUUGAGGGGGGUAUUUGUGAUUUGGACCUUGAAUGGGCUGACUGA